CAACCUUCGUUCUUGGCCUACUUCGCCUUCUUCGACGACGCUGCCUUCCUCGAUCGGAAGUCAGGGCACUUCGGCGACAUUUUCCUUCGCCUCCUUCGACGGCAUUCUCCGCAUCCUUCGAAGACGACGGGAGCUCACUCGUUGCGAGGGUAACCAUCUUUCUCCCUUUCGCGCGCUUCUUCGGCCAAAUCGCGUAAAUCUUAUGAACCCUAGGAUUUACUAAAUCCGGGAUUUACGCCAAAAAUAGCCGGAACCUAUCUUCGAUGAGCGUGGAACGUCGAAUUGGCUCGAACAAGCCCUGCAAAUCAUUAGGUGCGGCGAGAUCGAGAGCACAGAUUUCCUUCGACUCUCUCUCUCUCUCUCUCCAUCCACCACGGCUCCAUGUCACUGUAGCAGCGAGGAAGGUUUCAGACGCUUUCGCUCCUGUCACAAUCAGAAUCUUGAAAUGAAGAUAUUGCAAUUGGGCUUGGCGGUAGCUUUGGCGUCGGGCAUCGCCGCCAUCAUUGUCUACGUCACGGGCGUCUCCAAAUUCUAUGGAGGUGCUAGAGUUUCGAGCGAGGAGUUAGACGCCUUGAUAUCGUUUCAGAGCGACUUUAGGAAAUGUGUGAAUGCAAAUGGACUUGGCUUGCAGGCUGUUGGUAGUGGCGACCUUUGUCAAGUUUCAAUCAAGUUCCCAAGUGACACAAUUUCGAAGUGGAAAGAUCCCAAGACAGGAGAACUUGAAGGGUUAUCAUUUGACUUCAAUCUUUGUGAAGCAGUAGCUACAUGGGAACAAGUCCGCAACAGCACUACCAUACUUACAAAGGAGUUCAUUGACGCUCUACCAAAUGGGUGGGAGGAGUAUGCUUGGCAGAGGAUCAACAAAGGGGUGCUUCUCAAUGGAUGUGCGAACAAGACAUUAUGCAUGGAAAAGCUUUCACUGGUACUCCCUGAAAAACCACCACUCUUGCCACGACAGUUUGGCCGCUGUGCAGUUGUUGGUAAUUCUGGGGAUCUUCUGAAAACAAACUUUGGAGAUGAGAUAGAUGCUUACGAUGCUGUAAUUCGAGAAAAUGGCGCACCAAUUCAGAAUUACACGAAGUAUGUUGGUCAGAAAAGUACGUUUCGGCUACUCAAUAGAGGAUCUGCAAAGGCACUUGAUAAAGUUGUAGAGUUAGAUAAACGAAGGAAGGAAGUUCUUAUCAUCAAGACUACAAUCCAUGAUAUUAUGAACAAAAUGAUAAAGGAAAUCCCAAUUCUUAAUCCUGUCUAUCUGAUGUUGGGUGCAUCUUUUGGUUCUGCUGCCAAAGGAACUGGGCUGAAGGCCCUUGAAUUCGCUCUCUCUAUAUGUGAUACUGUUGAUAUGUAUGGUUUCACUGUGGAUCCUGGCUACCAAGAAUGGACAAGGUAUUUUUCAGAGUCUAGAAAAGGACAUACUCCAUUGUAUGGAAGAGCAUACUACCAGCUGAUGGAAUGCCUAGGACUUGUCAAGAUCCACUCUCCAAUGAGGGCAGAUUUAAACAGGGUUGUUGAGUGGCUUCCGAGUCCAAGCACACUUGCAGCUGCAAGAAGUGCAUCAGAGAAACUGUUAAGACGAGUUGGAGCUGGAGCUCGAGGGUCAUGGGGGGCUUGUUCCAUCAUCAAAAGGAGAGAGAAAGGAAAGACCCAGGACUUCUCCAAGUUCCGUGAGGCUGCUAUCAAGCAUCAGCAAUACGUCAAAGGCGCAACCAUGUAUCCUUUGGAGCGAAGUCCUGGCCAUGGCAUGCUCUGCAUUAUUCCUGAUGGUUAAAUCAGGUUUCAUUUUCCACUUGCCUAUUCCUUCUCCAGAUUUCUAUGGAGAUUAUUUGAAGGCUGCAAUCACCAUCCAAUUUUUUUCCCUGUUCUUGAGGCUCAUUUGGUUACUCAUAGAAGGGAAAAUAUGUUUUAUUUACUCAUUUUUUAUACAUAUGUUGGCUUAAUGUAAUAAAUUUUUAAUUUUUUAAAAUCGUAUUUUCUAUAUCCAGGCAACCAAGAAGCUGAGGAAGUUAUUCUUUCAUUUCAA